AGGUCUCAAAUUAUUUUGUACAUGUAUCUAUUGGUAAGGAUUCUCUGAUAACUUUGACAUUGUUUUUACAAAACAAGAAUAAUCAGUGCCAUUAACAUCGGCCGCAAAAAAGAUAAGGCGAUUUUCAUUCGACGCAAAUGGCAAAGCAAUCGUUUCAACAAACACUCCAUACUGUUAUAUCGCGAGUGAAAGAGACAACUGUGGGAUCAUCGCCCCUACCUCAAAAUUCGCCACUGUCUAGCAUAUGUCUUUAAUGGAGACAAUGUUUGACGUCAUUCAUAGUACGUAGCUCUCAGAGAAAAGUCUUGUAGCUCGCAUCAUAGCCUUAUCUUGUUGCGGCUGGUAAAUAAAAGGCGAUAACGCGCAACGAAGUUUACUGUACUAUAUGAUAUCACAUUCAACGGAGGCGUGUUCGUGACGGUUUCCGGUCAAGUGGGUUUUACUAAUUAAUAGUUUAUUCAAAACGAGUGAUCCGCAAAUACGGUCGGUAAACACGUUGUUUUGAACAAUAAAAUAAUAAAUCUUAGUACACAGUGAAAAUGGCUCUAAGCAGUUUAAAAUCAAACCUCCAAUUCGCCACGCUAAAGACACUGUCUUUAGUAUCAAUCAGUGCGAUGACUCCUCAACAAAGCGUCAAAGAGGUGUUGAGGACAGCUGAUUGCGUGUGCUUCGAUGUCGAUUCAACAGUCAUCAAGGACGAAGGAAUUGACGAGUUGGCGAAAUUCUGCGGUAAAGGCGAAGAUGUUAAAAGACUAACUGCAGAAGCGAUGUGCGGUAACAUGACGUUCCAAGAGGCGUUAAAGAAGAGGCUGGAUAUCAUACGACCCACCGUCGGCCAAAUUAAAGAAUUCUUAGAGAAAUUUCCUAUCAACCUUACACCGGGUGUUGCGGAACUAGUGAAGGUACUACAAGAACGAGGUGUGGCCGUAUAUCUCGUAUCUGGUGGCUUCAGAAGUCUCAUUGACCCAGUGGCAGAUCUCCUUUCAAUACCCAGGAGCAAUAUUUACGCCAACAGACUCAAGUUUUACUUUAAUGGUGAAUACGCGGGUUUUGAUGAGAACGAGCCUACGUCUCGGUCUGGUGGUAAGCCCCUGGUAAUAAGGCGGCUGAAGGAGCAACACGGCUACCAGAAGCUGGUCAUGAUUGGAGAUGGCGCCACUGACGCGGAAGCCAGUCCACCCGCUGAUGCUUUUAUUGGUUUUGGCGGGAACGUCGUACGGGAGGAAGUACAGAAAAGAGCGCCCUGGUUCGUAACAAGCUUCCAAGAAUUGACAGAUGCUCUCAAAGUUCAAAAGUGAUCUUAAUGACAUUGACAUUACGGCUCCUGUGACAUAGCCACAGAUAAUGUAGAACAAUACCACAGACACGGUAGUUCUAUGUUAUCUGUGACUUAAAUGUACGUAUCGUACUUUUAUAUAUUAUUUAAAUAAUACUCGUCAAAUAUAUACUACAUAAUGUUGUAUUUUGGUAAAUGUUUAUUAAUAUAAUAUAAUAAAUAAUUUUAUGGCAUUCACAAGGUUAUUAAAUUAGGUUAUUAGUGUUCGUGAAAUAUGUAUGUAUUAUUAAAUAUUAAUUACGACUUACUAAUUAUUCUAAUACAGAGCCUUAUGCCUUUAUUAAUAAUAAAUUUCCUAUAUAUUUUAACUAAUAUUUGUUUCUCUUUGUUUUUUA